UCGUCACUAUCAAGAUGAAGCACAUAUUUUGUUUAUUAUUCUUCACAUUAGUGAAUGUUAUCUCAACGCAAAUGGUCCCUUAUCCAAUGACUGGUGGCAGUGGAAUAGGAGCAGGUUCAUCUCUUCCAACCCUUAUAGGCAGUGGACCUAUGGCAGGCCUUGGUAUACAAUCAUCUAAUAGUCCAACAACUGGAUAUGCCUAUACUCCUAAUAUGGCUGGCAGCUAUAUGUCAAAUCCAAAUUUAGCCAAUGCAGUCAAUGCAAAUACAAACUUAGCUAACAUGGAACUUGCAGCUGGAAUAGCUGCUCAAGCAAAUUCACCAGCAAACACAGCUAAUGUUAAUGCUGUAAAAACAGCUAAUGCUCUUCUGGCCGCUGAAAGCGCAGCUAUAAACGAUGCUUUAACGAAUCUUGAAGAAGCAAAACAAUUGAGUAAUUUAUCACCUGUUUUAAAUGGUAAUAUGGCUACAUUUUAUUUAGGUAAUAGCGGUAAUGGAUUUACUGUUACUAGUGGUUCUCCUGGCACCCAAGGUAUUGGUGUUCAAGUGUUGGCCGAUGCGUUGGAAGUUGGUGGAACAGUUGUUGUUAAUGGUAAAAUACCCAUUUACGGAAUGGUUGGUAUUAAUGGUAAUAUACCAACAGAUGGCAUGGCAUCAGUUAGCUACAGUUGUGCAAAUCCUAGUACAUUAUUAUAA